CUCAGCGAGCAUGAGGAGACACAACUAAGUGGACGUUCACACCCCCCUGGACUCCCGUACUCUGAUGACCCGCUGGCGCUGAAAACUGAGAUUUCUGUACAUUUCUACAAACGCACGCGCGCACACACGUACAGCAUCAUGACCAGGAAGGUGUUCACCAACACGAGGGAGCGCUGGCGCCAGCACAACGUCAACACCGCCUUCGCCGAGCUCCGCAAGCUCAUCCCCACCCAUCCUCCGGAGAAGAAGCUGAGCAAGAACGAGAUCCUGCGCCUGGCCAUGCGCUACAUCAACUUCCUGGUGCAGCUGCUGGAGAGCCAGAGCGGUCAGCCGGCCAGCCACUCCCCCACCGCCCUUCUCACCUUCCUCAGAGGAAACAUGGAGCAGCUGCAGUCCCCUCCACACACCUGGGCCCUCACCAGUGACACUGACGCUGCGUCGCCAGGAUCCAGCUGCGACAGCGCAGAGGCCUGGUAGAGAGACAGCGAUUCAAUUUUUAAAAAAAAAUAAUAAAUGAAUAAAACUUGAGCGGACUCUGACCCUUCUCCCGGGGCUAAAAACUGAUCUCGACUCCUUUUGGUCUCUGCAUUUGUCACCUGUGUGUGACUCAUGUUUCAGUGCAGACGAUGCAAUAUUGUGUGAUAUAUGUGGACUCCAGAUGUGGCUGCCUCCUCGCUGAUCAGUGUUGAAUUAUGAUUUGAAGGUGAAAAUUAAUUUGUAUUUUUGCAUGGAUGUGUAAAACCUGGAUGUACAUUAUUCCCUUCAUGUCUUCAUGUUAAUUUUCCUUGUUGCCGACCCGCCUGGAACUAAUUUAGUUUUGCAAUAAGAGGAUGUUUUGCCAAUGAGGAAAAUGGAGGGAUUAAGGAAUUUCUCAUUUCAAGCAAUAGAUUCAGCAAGGCCUUUGAAUAGAUAAUGGCUCAGCCAAUUCUCCAGACUCAAAACAGCCAAGGGCACUUUUUUUUUUUUU